UGGAAAUUUGCAAAAAGAUGGUUUUUUCCCACGUCCAUCUUCUCCAUCUCGUGUGAAUUGAGUUCGUGUAUUCCGGAUCCGAUGGGAUUCAUUCGAAGACCCAGAAGAUCUCAUAUUAGGCUUGACCCAAUAAAACCUGUCUCAUCUCUCUCCACCGGGUUUAUCAAGAGAACCGGGACCGGUUGGACCGGCCCGUCCACACCCUCUUAACCGUAGCCGACUAGAACCCUCGAAAACCUCCGUGCUCGGCGUCCGUCUCUUCGUCGCCGUCGCGAGCGAUGCUUCGUCUCCGGACUCUGCUCUCUAGUCCCUCCAGGAAGAGGAAGAAGAACCGCAAAACCCGACGCAAGACUCGCGCCACGAGAUCAGACGCUGUUCCCAGAAGGCGAUGCGAUGAUGAUACUGUCGCUGACGGACUGCGACAACCACCGCACCAGCUUGAAAACGUCCCGGAAGAAGAAGAAGGAGAAGGAGGAGAAGAAGAAGAAGAUGGGGAGCUGGGUUUCCACCUCAAGAGCUCGGGUCGGUCGAACGCGCACGGCGUCCAACCCCUAGGGAAUCUCUUCCUCAGCCCGAGCGCCGCCAACUCGAGAAACGCCGGACUGGGUACCCUCCAGAAGUUGACCGACGAGCUGCUGCUUGAAAUUCUGGGGCUUCUGAGCGGUACCCAGUUGGGGAUUUUGGCCACUGUCAGUAAGUCGUUCUAUAUAUUCUGUAACCACGAGCCUCUUUGGCGGAACCUCGUCCUGGAGGCUCUGGGUGGCGAUUUCUCGUACAAUGGGUCCUGGAAAUCUACUUAUGUGGCCGGUUGUCAUCCUUCGUUUGAUGUGGGUAGAGUCGGGGAUUUGGGUUUGGAGAUUCGGGAUUUUUAUUCGGAUUAUAUCUUCCAGAGUUGGCUCUGUGCCAACCUCGAGAUGAAGCCCGAGUGGCUCGAGAGGGAUAAUAUAGUUAGGAAGAGAGGGGUUUCUGUUGAAGAGUUCGUGAGGAGCUUCGAGGAGCCGAAUAAGCCGGUUUUGUUGGAAGGUUGUAUGGAUGGUUGGUUGGCAUUGGAGAAAUGGAACAGGGAUUAUUUGGUUAAAACAUGCGCGGGUGUCCGCUUUUCGGUUGGUCCUGUGGAGAUGAGACUGGAAGACUAUUUUCACUAUUCGGAUCAAGUCAGGGAAGAAAGACCAUUGUACUUGUUCGACCCGAAAUUUGGGGAGAAAGUGCCGGUUCUGGGGUCGGACUAUGAGGUUCCCGUAUAUUUUAGGGAGGAUUUGUUUGGUGUUUUGGGCAAUGAGAGGCCAGACUAUCGAUGGAUUAUAAUUGGACCAUCUGGUUCUGGUUCGUCGUUUCAUAUAGAUCCCAAUUCGACCUCAGCUUGGAAUGCGGUGAUCACGGGGUCUAAGAAAUGGCUGUUAUUCCCUCCUGAUGUCGUUCCUCCAGGGGUUCAUCCGAGCCCUGAUGGAGCAGAGGUAGCGUGUCCCGUUUCAAUAAUCGAGUGGUUCAUGAACUUUUAUGGGGCCACAAAGAGUUGGAAAAAGAAGCCCGUUGAGUGUAUCUGUAAGACCGGAGAGGUGAUCUUUGUGCCUCGUGGAUGGUGGCAUUUGGUGAUUAACUUGGAGGAGUCCAUAGCUAUCACGCAGAAUUACGUCAGCUCGAGUAAUUUGUUGAAUGUGUUGGAUUUCUUGAAGAAGCCGAAUGCCAGCACACUAGUCUCUGGAACAAGGGAUCGGGUGAAUCUUCACGAUAAGUUUAAAAAUGCAAUCGAUGCCAAGUUUCCAGGAAAGAUUGAUCAGCUGAUGCUCGAAGCAGAGGAGAAGGCGGCGUUGCAGAAGAAACCUUCUUUCUGGGAUUCAGUAACAGAUUCUAAGGCCGGUGCCUUCAAGUUCUCUUUCUAGAAUAUCAAGUUACUCAACUGUCACAUCCUAUUUAGAGGAGAUUCAAGUUUACAAUCCUGGAGACCUGCAGUUUAAUGGAUUUCUACGCGUGCGGCGAUUUUUCACCCCCGGUUUCUAAUUUCCUGAGAACACCGGAGG